GUCUGGCUGGCUGCCCACUGGGACAGGAGGCUGAAGCGGCAGGACUACUCCGAGGCGGACCUCCGCGAGCUGGCGCGCAGCUUCACGGAGAGGCAGUCGUUGCUCUCCCUGCGGAACACCGGCCACCUCCUCCUGGGUCUGUGCAAGAUCUUCGCCAGGAAGUGCCAGCUGUUCGAGGACGACGCCUCGGAGCUGCGCACAAA